UUGGAUUUGUCUGUUCCUACAGCAACUUAGCUUUCCAUGGACAUCCGAAUCUAAAGCCAAAUCUAAAAAUCAAGUGCGGCCAAUCCCGGCGGACAGCGCAGCCCAAUCAACGAGCCUUGUCCGUACUCCUACGGCAUCUUCGCUUUACCAUAAAGAAUCAUGCGAGUUAUUUGCUGUGAUCGACCUCUGUGACACUGAACGAGUUCGAUCUCUGAACAAGAUGACUGCCGGAAUCAUAUCAUUCGUUCUCUUCCUUGCACUGCUUCCAUUCUUUCGACUGCUGCGCACAGCACGUAGGUCAUCCAAGAAGCUGCCUCCUGGCUCACUCGGCCUCCCUUUCAUCGGCCAGAGCUUCGGCCUUCUCCGAGCGAUGAGGGCCAACACCGGCGAGCGGUGGCUCGCUCGAAGGGUGAGCAAGUAUGGACCGAUCUCGAAGCUCUCCCUUUUCGGCAGCCGGGCAGUCCUCCUGACCGGUCCGGCGGCCAACAAGUUCAUCUUCUUCAGCGAAGCACUCGUCCCGCAGCAGCCCAAGUCGAUCACCGGAAUCAUAGGAAGAAGGAACAUACUGGAAUUGGUGGGAGAGGAUCACAGGCGUGUUAGAGGUGCACUUGCACACUUUCUGAAGCCAGAAGUGCUGAAGCAGUACGUAGCCAUGAUCGACCGGGAAGUCAGGCAUCAUCUGGAGACGAACUGGGUCGGCAGAAGGAGUGUGACGGUGAUGCCAUUGAUGAAGACUCUCACGUUUGACAUCAUCUGCUCGCUCGUUAUUGGGCUGGAGAAAGGAUCCCUCCGGGAGGCGCUGGAGGAGGCCUUCACCGACAUGUUGCCCGGGAUGUGGGCGGUGCCGCUGAAUCUACCAUUCACCAAAUUCCGCAGGAGCCUGAGGGCAAGCCGAAGAGCUCGGAAAGUGCUCGCCGGUGUGAUCGAGAAGAAGAAGGACAUGUUGAAGCAAGGCAGGUGCUCCCGGGACGAGGACCUCAUCACCUACAUGCUUAGCUUGGGCGGCGAAGACGACGCCAGAGAAAUGACCGAGGAGGAGAUUCUGGACAACCUAAUGCUCGUCAUGUUUGCCGGGUAUGAUACUUCUGCCGCUCUGAUCACCUUCAUGAUCCGCCACCUCGCCGACGAUCCUGUCAACCGAACGAUUGUUAUCCAUGAGCAACAAGAGAUUGCAAAGGGGAAGGCCUCAGGAGAAGCCCUGACAUUGAGUGAUCUCAACAAGAUGAAGCACACAUGGUGUGCAGCGAUGGAGAUUCUGAGAAUGAUUCCUCCAAUCUUUGGGAACUUUAGAAGGGCUCUGAAAGACAUCGAGUAUGAAGGUUACCUCAUUCCGAAAGGGUGGCUGGUGUUCUGGGCAUCAAGCAUCACACAGAUGGACGAGCAUAUCUUUGAGGAUCCAAAUAAGUUCGAUCCAACGCGGUUCGAGAAGCAGUCAUCAGUGCCUCCCUGCUCUUUUGUGGCAUUUGGUGGAGGGCCAAGGAUGUGCCCCGGCAAUGAGUUUGCAAGGAUGGAGACACUGGUGAUGAUGCAUUAUGUGGCCACUAGAUUCAACUGGAGAUUGUGCUGCGAGGAGAAUGGCUUCUCCAGGGAUCCCAUGCCGUCUCCCUCGCAGGGACUUCCAGUUGAACUCGAGCUUAAGGACUAAUCAGCCAAAACCAGCUUAAAAUAACUCGAAAGUUUGAACUCUGGCUACCUGUUCUGCUUAAUAAUCGCAGAAAAUAAUGAUGUAAAGUGUUUGGAAUGGGUUUGAUCAUGUCAACACUAGAUUGGUUGAAACUCGAAAUUUUAAGGGAAAUCAAAGUUUAACUCACUAAA